CAUUGGAGAGUCCUCCCUAUCAUAUACCACAGCUUCCUCCCCGGGAAUCACAUCAUCAACAGGUAAUUGGAGUAAUUUCCAGGGUAUCCCAGUGGCCGCGGGGGAUCAAGCAGCGCCGCGGCGGCGGUGUGAGGAAGAGGAAGGAAGGGGACAAGAUGAGGAAGCGGGAGCGGGAGAACCCGUGCGGGAUCUGCGGGCACUACCACAAGUACGAGGAGGGGGAGGUCUGCGGGGUGUGCGGCCACCGCUGGAAGCCGUCGGACGGGGAGGGCACCCCGGCGAAGCACGAGUCCGCCUUCCCCACCGAGGUGCUCAAGGACUUCCUCUUCCUCGGGAGCUACAACAACGCCUCCCGCUCCGAGGUCCUCAAGACGCUCAGCGUCUCACACAUCCUCAACACUGUGCCUGAUUGCCAAAAUCUAUACAAGAAUUCAUUCACAUAUCACAGGCUUCAGCGUGACAGGCCUUUGGAUUUUGAUGACGCAAACCAGUUUCUAGAACAAUGUGAAAGAGAUAAAUUACGCCUUCUUGUUCAUUGCAUGACUGGAAAAAACAGGUCAGCAGCUGUUGUUGCCGCCUUCUUGAUGAAGUCUAGAGGAUGGAGACUUGCUCAGUCUUUCCAGUGGGUGAAAGACCGGCGGCAGCAGGUUCAACUGACAGAUGCUUCUCAGAACGUGCUUCUGGAGUACGAGCAGAAGCUUUUUGGGCCCAGUUCUCAACCUGUGAUUCCCACUGAAUCAUUUGUUUCUCUUGGAUUUGGUUACCCAAAACCAGCAGGUGACACCCAAGCACCUGCGUUCAACCAAAUGACCGCGCCAUCCAUUUUUCAGCGAGUCGGCCCAAAUGUUUUCCCCCUGAAUUUUGCUUUUGGAGCCGAGGGGACAGUGGGAGUCAACCCAGAUAACAAUGACAAUGGUGGGGCCAAGGCCAACCCAGCUUCGACUGAUAACCCGAUGGACAGCUCUUAAGAUGAUUUCAGGCUAUGGAAUCUCCAUGUUGCUGAAGUAACCUACUAUUAGGUGUAUCGAAUACGCAUCGGGGAGGGUGUUUAGCUUUCAGAUGGGUAUUUUGCCUUUUGUGCACUCGAGAAAUGGUUGUGGCAACUGACCCGUGCUGUAGAGUGACUAUAACAUUAGACGCUGGAGGAGGUGCUGGCCUUCUCCCUGCAGAAGCUGGAGGCCAUGGCCGUGCCCUCGGUCCAGGCCGAGGUGGCCAACGAGGACGCUCCGUUCGAGGUGGCGGCGGCCGCGGUGACGCGAGCGUGUUCAACACGCUGGUGCCCUCGGAUGAGUGGUCCGGCGGGUCGGACGGGAGCGUCACGCUGGUGCCUGUGGCGGCCAUCAGGUACGCGACCCGUCGAGGCGGUGGGCGCGCCGAUGGUCACCGACUCACCGUCAUACAGUCGGCAAGGCAGGGUGCGGCGGGGCACAGCACCGGGAGGUUCAAGGUGCAGCAUAAAUAUGUGGAUGUACAUGUGAGAUCAGUAUUGUAGAAUUGUCUUUUUUUUCGAAGAAAAGGAAUAAUUGUCAGUUUGUGCGGUACGAUACAAUUUUAGUUCGUCAUGUCAAUCUAAGACGUUCAUAUU